AUGCGUCUAUCGAUUUUUGCAUAAAUAUUUGUUUACGACAAGCAGCGAGUUGCUGCUGUUUGUUUUGCUUUUAAUCAUGAUCUGCCGCUUGUGCCUGUGCGAUCUGGAUAAUUCGGUGUCCAUCUGCAUAUUCAGCGAUGCCGAGCACGGUCUGCCCAAGGCCAUUGCCAAAUACUUGCAGCUUGAGGUGUCUGUGAAUGAUUGCAUCUCCACCAAGCUGUGCUCGCCAUGCUGGCAAUGUCUAAGCGAUUUCGAUCAGUUUUGCGCAAUGGUCGCCGACAAGCAGCAAUCGCUGCUGCUCAAAACGGAACCGGAACCGCCGCCCGAACCAGCCGUUGUUGUAUGGAACACAGAGUCACCGAUUGAAUCGAAGCUGGGCUUCGUCGACGAUAUUAAGGAUCAUAUACUGUGUGAGCCCGAGAUCGAUGUGCAUGACACAGCGCAAUCUUUUGAGAAUGCGGGCAGCACCUGCAGCGACAACGUUGAGCCCGAUAAGGAUGCAUUUGAGGCGGACUUCGAGCACGCAACGCUGACAGCAGCCACGCCCAAAAAGACCAGGGGACGCACGCGACUGGAGAUGGCAGCGACGCCGUCAUCACCGGCACCGUCAUCGACCGCCAAAGCAAAGUCAACGGCAACGGCCAAGACGAAGGCAAAGCUGGUCAAGGUGCCAGUGGCGUCGGCAUCCUCGCAGCGCGAGUCGCGUGUGCGUUCACGCGAACUGCGACGCAAUGCAGCCGCCGCCGAGGCAGACAUGACUCCGAUACCGGAGCCGCCGGCAAAAGCAAUGAGGACAGCAACGGGAACAGCAACAGCAGCAGGAGCAGGAACAGCACCGAAACGUGGCCGUCCCAAAGGUGUCAAGGGCAAGAGCAAGCUGCCCAAGCCAUCGAAGGUGGCCCGGGCGCCCGAGCUGGAGGCGAAGCGUAGCAGCAUUAAGGAAAUGGAUGACUAUAUAGCCGCCAAUGUGAAAUUGGAUUGCUGCCUGUGUGCCGCGCCCCUGCUCAACUUCAUCGAUCUGAAGCGACACUUUCGGCUGCAGCACAACUGCACCGGUUACAUGGAGUGCUGCAACAAUCGGUAUAAGAAGCGCACCCUGUACGUGGACCAUCUGCACUAUCACAAGGAUCCGCAGUAUUUCAGUUGCAAGCCCUGCCGCAAGAGCUUCCUCAAUCGCAACAGCCAGGACAUGCACAUGCUGCGCUUCCACUCCGACCAGCAGCAGCUCGUCCAUCAGUGCGUCACGUGUGGGGCGCGUUUCGCCAAAAAGUUUCUGCUCACCAUGCACAUCAAGGGGCACAAGGGACCCGAACGUCCCGAAGCCUGCGACAGCUGCAUCAAAACGUUCCGCUCCAAACUAGAGUUGACGGCGCACGUGAAGCGCAUGCAUGCCUCGGACUUUACGCCCAUCAUCUGUGACAUUUGCGGCGCCAAUUUUCGGUCGAAGGCGAACUUUCUGAUACACAAGAAGGCAUUGCAUCCGGAUGGGCCAGUUGCGGAGGCACAGUGUCAUCUGUGCAGCCGCUGGCUGCGGGAUGAGCGCAGUCUGCGCAAACAUUUGGCGCGGCACGAUGAUCGCGAGGGCGGCAACAAGUAUCGCUGUGUGCUGUGCAGCGCCGAGAAGUCAUCCCGUGUGGCACUGAGCAGUCACAUGCGUUACCAUCACUCGGCCAAGCGGCACAGCUGCACGUUGUGUGGCAAGGAAUUCAAGCUGCCGCGUGCCCUAGCCGAGCACAUGGCCACCCAUACGGGCAUUGAUUUGUAUUCGUGUGCGUUUUGCACGCGCACAUUUAAAUCGCACGCCAACAUGCACAACCACAAAAAGAAAAUGCAUCCCAACGAAUGGGUUCGGAAAUAUACGCAGCCCAGUGCCGCACCCGUUGCCGGCAACCACAGAUCUACAGAUGUCACCGACGACCUGGCCGAGACGGCGAACAACUUGAAUGAGUCUCUACAGCCGCCGGUGGAUCUGCUGAACGCGGAGGAGGAGGAGGACGAGGAAGAGCAUGAGCAGCAUGAGCAGCAGGUUGCACAAGCACAAACAGGUGCUGUUGCCUCCUACGAGUACAUCAGCAGCACUGGGCGAGUCAUCUGAUCCAUCUAAGCGCAUUCCCCGGCAGAUGAGUCCGUAUUUAUAUUCUACAAGCAAAUUAUUCGAAUUUUCGCCAGUUUCAUUUCUCUAUGCAAAAUAUGGAAUUAUUCACUAUUGUAUUUCAAAUUUAACAUGAACCGAUUACAUUUUGGUAUUUUUUUCUUCCUGAAAAUCCUACAUGCUAAAGAUUAGUUUAAAAGUGUCAUAAGUCGGAUGUGGAUUCAAGGAACUAGUUUUUAAGCGACUGUUCCUUAUUGUUUUUUGCAAUUAUCGACAAAUAUGUAUAUAAUGUUAAUUAUAAAGCACAUAUGUAUUA